AUGUCGCCGCCCGAACACCAUCAUGAGUAUUUGCCUGAGGACCGGAUUGAGGUGGAUAUGAGUUCGGAUCGGGAUUGGGAUGCUUGUAGUGUGAAUUCGGCCGCGAAUUCGAUAUUCGAAUAUCGGUUUGAGAACGGGCGGAGAUAUCAUGCAUAUCGGGACGGGAUAUAUGCUUUCCCAAACGACGAAGUAGAACAGAUUGGAUAUGUUGCAUCAUUUAUGCUUGCUCGUGUUGAGAGGAGAACUACAUACUGCCCCAAUAUGUCCAAUCCUACCAAGAUAUUAGACGUGGGUACAGGAACGGGGAUCUGGGCGAUUGAUAUGGGAGAGCAGUAUCCCUCCGCCGAGGUGAUUGGCACAGACCUAAGCCCUAUACAGCCCAGUUGGGUACCCCCAAACGUGAGUUUCCUAAUAGAUGAUGCCGAAAGCGAGUGGGAAUGGCCUGAAGGAACCUUCGACAUGGUACAUAUUCGCUACCUCAACGGUGGAAUCAGCGACUGGGGUGCACUCUUCGCAGAGGCUUACAGGUCAUUGAAGCCCGGCGGUUGGAUUGAGGUUUGCGAGUUUGAAAUGGGUGUGGCCAGUGAUGAUGGGACAUACGGGGCGAAUUCAAACUUAGGAAAAUAUUAUGAACUCACGAAUGAGGCCGCUAUGAGAGCUGGCCGGGAUUUCAUAGGUGCCGACACGCUCAUCAAUGGGAUCGAGAAAGCUGGAUUCCGGAAUUCUACUCUGAGGAGGAUUAAGGUACCGAUCGGUAGUUGGCCAGCCGACCCAUUGCAGCGAGAGAUUGGAGAGUGUUAUUUAAUGCUUUCUGAGACUGGAUUUGAGGCGUUGGGGAUGGCAUUGUUGACAAGAAAUAUGGGUAUGGAUCCCGGUGAUGUGACAAAGUUAGUUAAUAGCGCCAAGCGAGAGCUGUGGUCAAAGACUACUUUCUACACGCUCAGAAGCCGCUUAAACCGUCUAUUUAAUUGGUUGCUUUCAGAGCUUGAGGGUGAAUGCCUUCUUCAGAUAGGCCUUUGUGGGGGGAACAAUUGCAAGUAG